UUUGUCAUACUGUCGAAAGUUGAUGAGUAAAUAAAUUUAAAUAAAUUUCUUCAAACAUUUUUCUACCAUAUUCGCCAUUGAAAUGAAUGCAUUGUAUAGUUUCGUUAUCUUAUAUAGUUAUUUAAGCGCCGUUUUUGGAAGCCAGGAAAAGUGCUUGCCAUCUACAUGUACCGAAACUACUGAAAUUUCUGACUUGCAAACUACCUCUUCUAACCAAGACAACUCAAUUUUGACCUUGAAUAGUCAGGCAGCUGAGCUUGGUGAAAAUGUUUUUGAUUUGUAUUCAGAAAUCGGAAAAUUAACAGAUGAAAUUAAAACUCUGAAGAGUAAAAAUAAAGAGCACGAGGCUGAAAUUGAGUCUUUCAGAAAAACGGUCACAGAAAUGGAGUUUUUUGUGGACCAACUUGAUAAUAACACCACAACCACCGAAUCUGAUGUCGAUGACUUAGAAACAAAAACUACAACUCUAAUGGAAAACUAUGAAAAGUUGAGCUCAGUUGUUGAGAACUUAGAUCUGAAUUAUGAGCUGCUUAACGAAUCGUUUUCGGAUUUCGAAGAAAGAAGUUCGAGUUUGGUUCGAGUUUUCGAGACAGUUAACCCGCCAGAGAUAGGAAGUAUUGCAGUGCCUGCUCUAACGUGCAAAUGGGUCCAAGUGUUUGUUGACGUAGCAUCGUCAGCUGCUCACUCCAAAGCGUAUGGAUUACUAUACAGAGACGGAUACCCAAUUAACGAAGACAAAGAAAGUUACUCAUACACGAGCUCAGCGGCCACCGGAAUGGAGCAAGCCGCUGGAGGAACGACCUCCCGGAUGUAUGUGGUAGAGGACACCUAUGACUCAGGAGUGGAUCUCUAUUUGGGCCACUACUAUUGGUCGGCAGAUAAAACCCAUGUAUCCAUGAAAGCACUGUGCUUUGCGUGAUGAGUUUGAGAAGUUAAUGUUUGCCGAACUUAUUUGAGGACUUGUAAUUCGGGAUUGAGAUAAUUAUGGUUUAUGGUUGCAGAAUUUUAUGGACUUAUAGAUAGGAAUGCAUAUCAUUAGUUUAAAAAAUUCAACUUUCAAUAAAAUUAAAAUGUUUUCGAUAAAUUAAUUUAGAAAUCUUUCAAAUAUAAAU